AGCAGAGACCCACGAAGCCCUGUCUCUAUGCGGCGAAGCUAUGCUCCUUCCAAGCGUUAGACUUGACGGUGCUUGGGAAAGGCCAGUGGGAAGCUCAUAUUUGCCUCUACCCUUCUAACUUUUUUUAGGCUUAUAUUCGAUGAGGAAAUAAAGCAAAACCUUGUCGUUUCUAUGACAAAUAUCCGUGAGUAUAUACAUGCUUAUAUUCUAUAGAAUCUAACCAUGGGACUAGUGAGAUUCUCAUACAGGCCGGGGCGUAACCCGAUGUCAGUUGUCAACCGCCUCAUUCUGUUGUCGGGCCCGCCUGGAACAGGAAAAACGUCAUUAUCUACUUCCCUUGCUCAAAAACUCUCGAUACGCAUGAACAAAAAGUUCGGAGAGACGAUCCUUUUGCAGCUGAAUGCUGCAACGCUACUAUCGCACUAUUUCGGGCAGAGUGCGGUGAAAAUCCACUCAAUCUUCGAAGAGCUUGCGGCUCAGUCGGCAGAACUACCAAAUACUUUGAUGGUAUUGCUGAUUGACGAGAUUGAAAGUCUUGCAGCCUCUCGCGAGACGGCCAGUGCAAGGAGCGAGGUGCACGAUGCCGUGCGCGCUACAAAUGCCCUUCUCACCGGAUUCGACAUGGUUAAGGACGACGCUAAUGUGUUCAUUAUAUGCACCUCAAAUCUUUCCGGCUCACUUGAUGCCGCGUUUGUUGAUCGUUGUAGUCGCCACAUUAAUAUACCCCAACCUUCUUCCGCCGCCCGAUAUGAGAUUUUGCGGCACAGUAUCAAUAGACUUGUGGAAUGCGAGAUUAUCAAGUCCCCAGAAACUCCACUCCCUACAUACGUAGGUGCAAAGUGCAGGCUCCCCGUUGACUACGAAACUGCCGGAUGCGCUCUCCGGCGUCUUGCCCAUAAACUCGAGGACAACGGUCCAAAUGGGCAACUGGUGAGCGCACGCUGGCUCAGCCAGCUAGCCGGGAUAUCCUUGGCCAACAAUCUCGAGCCCAACGCGAUCUGUACAGUUGACCAUGCUGUCCAGCUAAUGGAUCGAUAUGUUGAAGAGAACUGUGAACGCAGCACGCACGGAGCGAAAAGCAGAAAAAGAUACCUGAGGAAGUUGAAUCAGGAGCUCUCUGAUACAGAAGACGAGUGCCUUAAUACAGCAAAGAAACUAAAGCCUGAUCCCAGACAUGGGACGUCGGGUUUUCAGAUAGAUGAAUUUAUGUUCCCGAAUACAGACCCGGGUACCAUGAUGGAGAUGGUUGAUAAGGAGCUCGCAAGCUGGCGCAAAAGCAAGGGCAACGAAAACGCCAAGCCUUCGCUGACCGAAGCCGAAGAAAUAAUCUGCGAAGCUUAUGAUGAAUGGUCUACUCGUGGUCAAUGCCAGUGCAGGGAUAUUAUACGCAAUAGGCUUCUCGAUUACGUAGAGCAUGGUUUCCCGGUCGAUAGGUACGCGUUCUUGUAGAUGCAUAGGGGCUUAUUAAUGUGGUCAAUUUAGCUGGUGCUUUUUACUAGAUGCAUAGGGGCUUGUUGCUGUGGACAUUUUCGCUGCUGUUGUCACAUCCUGCUAUAGAGUUUGCGAACUUCUAUUCUUAGUAGCUAUUUUCACAGCAAAAGGCCACUGCUAUAUACCUUAGGCAGUUGCUUAUAUUAAUUAAUACGGCUUAUAUAACGUGGUUUAUCAGUACCUGGCGCAUAUCAGUACCUCGCGCAUAUCAGUACCUCGCGCA